CUAUUAUUUUUUUAGGAACAAACAUGGCCGCAUGGCCCGGUGACAGCACUUUGUCUGAAACACCAAAACAAAAUAACGAAAUAAAUUUAUUUACUCAGGAUUUUUCUAUACAUUCAAAUACAGACACUCAGUAUGAAGCAUUCGAGAGGGAAUUCCAAGAUAUACGCUUGCAUAAUUAUGACGAAAAAAGCUUUUCAUCGACGAAAACUAAAAUAUCUCCAGAGGACUCAAUUUCUAAGGAAAACACUGGAAUAAUACCGAAAAACGAAAAUGAAAAUGACACCCACAGUAGUACUGAUAUUGACAAUGAAACAUCAAAGUCCAAUGCAGAUAGAAGUAAGCGCAAAAUUAAUGACAUUGGAGACGGUGGUGCGAGGUACCGGUGUGAGUAUGACACCUGCUCGAGAACAUACAGCACCGUUGGCAACCUCCGCACACACAUGAAAACACAUAAAGGAGAAUACAGGUUCAGAUGCUCAAUGCCAGGAUGUGAUAAAGCAUUUCUUACAUCAUACAGUCUGAAGAUCCAUGUCCGGGCUCACACCAAAGCAAAACCAUUUGUGUGCAACAUAGGCGGGUGUAAGAAAGCUUUCAACACUUUGUACAGAUUACGAGCACACCAACGUCUACACAGCGGAGAUACUUUCAACUGUCAAACUGAUGGCUGCAGCAAAUUCUUCACAACACUGAGUGAUCUCAAGAAGCAUAUACGAACUCAUACACAAGAGAGACCUUAUAAAUGCCGCAGCGACGGCUGCGAGAAAUCCUUCACAGCCUCACACCAUCUAAAGGCGCACGCACGCACGCACACCGGCGCGCGCCCGCACGCGUGCGCCGCACCCGGCUGCCGGCGCGCCUUCUCCACGCCGCAUAGUCUCAGGGCGCAUAGCAAGAAACAUCAGGUUGCCAUCGAAGGAACACCAACAAUAAAAAUAGUAGAACUACAACAAGCAAAACCAGCUAACGAGAUCAUGAAUUGGGAUGUUCUGCUAGAGUCUUUCGGGAAAAUCAGCACUGAAUCAAACUCCACUGACGAAGGCAGCUUGGAAGACCUCACUAGAGUUGAUCCUUUAUCCAAUAACAAUGUGGAUAUCACAGAACUUCUGUUUGAUAGCUCAGCUAACACCAAUGUAGAGAAACUAAACGUUGCCAACAACUUAAAUGUGGAUGGGUUCGAUUUGACCGGCUUGGAUGUGAACCUGGCACCAUUCAAUGAAAAACACAACAAGAAGAAUAUCUUGCCAGUUGAAAAUACUUGGAUGGAUGUUGGCACAUUAAAUUCUAUCGACAUAACGUUACCAGUGGAUGGCCCAAAACACAUAACAGAAGGCAAGUCUAAAGCAAUGCAACUGGCUUUGGCCAAUGAAAUUGAAGUGCAGGCUCCUUGGGUAGAUGUCAGUGCUCUAGCAGCGUCCAUAUCAGAGACCCCAGUCAGUAUCAAAGAGAAAACCCCAGAAAGCAUAUUCACACUGGCUACAUUCGUGCCUACACACAUGCAAAGCUACAUAGACUUGAAUAACGAAGGCCCAUCUGCUAAUGUACUCUCACAAAACUCCUUCGAUCUUAACACACCUACCGUACUCGACGUGAAUGAAAAAGUCUUCAACGACAGCGAAUUAGUGUCAAAUCUGGCGCCAAAUAAGCUCGAUGACUUGAACAGUUUCUUCAAAACCCCUGAUGAGUUAGUGAUUGAGGACAGAUCCCUCCAAACGCCUUCACCGAUAAAAGAACAACUGAACAUCGAGAUUAACCCUGCCAAUUCUGUUCUUUUCAACACUGAUCUGGCAUUAGAGGACACUCUUCUGUUUGACAACGAGCCGCCCUCAGACAUGUAUGUGGUUCGCACCGAAAACAUAUUCGGUAAAGAAAUAGCGAAGCGGAAUGCCUUGGAGCAGUUGGCCGCCGACGCAGGAAUUUGCUCUUGCACGAACUGCGCUUGCGACCCGUCCAAUGGAGAAUGUCGCAACUGUACAUCUACCGAGAAAAACAGGCCUAAGUGUCCUGAUAAGAAAGGUAAGUGUACAGAGGACAAAUGCUCGUGCGUCGAUUGUAAGUGCGACCAUGCCACAAUGAAAUGCGCCGUCGGAUGCGGAAAGGCCACGGACUCCAACCACAACACCUUCUUGGACUACCAUCGCAGACACGCAAAUUCUACCCUCGAAGAACUUGGAGUUUACACUCUUCACGAAUGCGAGAUAGACGAAAAAUCUCCCGACGACGUCAUUGACAGUAUAAAAUGCUCGUGCAAAACGGAAAGCAACGGUGAUAACAGUAAAGCCAAAUGCUGUACUAAUACUGAAGAUAAUAGUAUCUUCGGUAUCCAGUCUAAUAGUAGCCAGUCUAAUUGCAGUCGUAAUCAAGAUAAUUGUAACACCAAAGAAGCGUCCGCUUGCUGCGGCAAUGGUGAUAUCACAUCAAAAGCCUGUUGUGUCACAAUCUGUUUUAAGAAACUCAAUGCAUUUAAGGCAUUCUUGUCAGAAAACAAUUUGGUGCAUGCAUUGAAGAACCGUAAUAUUAAUUUAACCACUAGUUAGUAAACACGCGCUUUUUUAAUCAUUUGCAUUUAAAUGUACAGCUUCUAUAACGUUUCAUUGUGUAAAAUUAGCAUGUACUUAUCUAAAGUGAUCAUUUAAUAAAUUGGUAACUUAUAUUAUGUCCACUUUAGAUAUAAGUACAAACUCACAUAAUAAUAUUUAAUUUGCUUUUAUUGUUUUAAUUCUAUCUGCUUUCUUUCCGCAUUUAGUCGCAGCAAUAUUUAUGUCAUAUACCUAUUCACGUGCUAAAUGUUUAAUAAUGUGAUUUUGUAAUGCCAAAUAAAUAAUAAUAUGUAAAAAUGCAUUAAGGAACAAUAAUGCUGUGUGCCAUGCCAAAUAAUAAAAGUGCCUUAAUAAUAUUAUGUACCUAUUUAAGAUUUAAUGCAAUUACCAGUAGUUAUAUGAAUAAUGUUACCAUUACAAUUUAAACAACAUUUUGUUGAUUAAUUAUUAUAUCAGUAAAUUUGUCAUAGGUACAUCAUGUUAAGAUAAACAAAUGAAGUUAGGUACUAUACUAAGUUAAUACAUAGGUAGGUACUUCUGAACAUAAAUUGAAUCACUAAAGUCAGUGUAUUUAUGAUACAAUUUAUAUUAUUUACAUAUUU